CUUCAAUAUAUUUCGCAACCAGAGGGUUCUUCUUGCUGUUCGCAAAACGAGCGCCCCUGCACAAGCAAAUCACUCGCCAUCGCUCCUCCGUCGCAUCGCUUCGCAUUCGCUUCUCUCUCUACCGAACGUGGCGAACUCGUAACCCUGCAACGGAUAUCGACGAUUGCCCUCGAAUUAUAACGUAUCGAGUUUUCUGAGGUUUUUCCUCGUAUGUGUUCGUAAUGGACAUUGGCCGACGAGGAACGAUGUCGACCCAUCACUCGGACACACGAAAUAUUUGUCAUGGUCGUGUGUUCAGAAUCCGGGCCACGUCCGCCACCCCACGUUGGAUGGAGAGCUCUACGUGCAUAUACUGGUUCUGAACGACGAAGAUCGAUUGCAUCACCUCGUUUAUAAUGCCUGAAACUGUAUCUUCUUCCUGUACCAAAUGGCUCCAUCACUGAAUUCAACUACUGAAGCCAAUGCCAACAGCAAUAAUGAUGAGAAGUAUCCUGAUGUCAACUGGGAAGAAAUGGGAUUUUCUUUGACUCCAACUGACUAUAUGUAUGUGAUGAAAUGCUCUAUUGGCGAGAACUUUUCUCAGGGAAGUCUAAUUCCUUAUGGUAAUAUCGAGCUAAGCCCUUCUUCCGGUAUUCUCAAUUACGGACAGGGAGUGUUUGAAGGCUUGAAGGCAUACAGGAAGGAAGAUGGCCGAAUUUUGCUUUUCCGACCUGAACAGAAUGCUUUGCGGAUGAAGGCAGGUGCAGAGAGAAUGUGCAUGCCUUCACCUUCUACUGAGCAGUUUGUUGCUGCAGUGAAGCAAACUGUCCUGGCCAAUGAACGCUGGGUGCCUCCUUUUGGGAAGGGAUCUAUGUAUGUAAGGCCUUUGCUCAUGGGAAGUGGCGCUACUCUGGGAUUAGGGCCAGCGCCGGAAUACACAUUCUUAGUCUAUGUUUCGCCUGUUGGAAGCUAUCAUAAGGGCCAGAGGUCCCUGAACCUGGUGGUUGAGGAGAAGCAUCAUCGAGCUUCUUCUGGUGGAACGGGAGGCAUCAAGACUGUGGCCAACUAUUCACCGGUUUUGAACGCACUGUCUAGAGCAAAGGCGCAAGGUUUUUCUGAGGUUGUAUUCCUGGAUGCUGCAACUGGAAAGUAUAUUGAUGAGGCUUCUGCAUGUAACCUUUUUUCGGUGAAGGGAAAUACCAUAUCAACUCCUCCAACACAUGGAAUAAUCCUUCCUGGUAUCACAAGAAAAAGCAUAAUUGAAAUUGCUCGUACGCUUGGUUACCAGGUCGAGGAACGUCAUGUCACGAUCGAUGAAUUGCUGGAUGCCGAUGAAGCUUUCUGCACAGGAACCGCCGUGGUUGUCACAUCCAUUGGCAGUGUAACUCAUCAGGGUAGAAGGGUCGAGUAUAAAACACAAGCAGAUACAGCUUGUCAGAAGCUGCGUGAAACCUUGACGGGGAUUCAAAUGGGUAUGCUUGAAGAUACCAUGGGUUGGAUGGUGGAGGUCAAUUGAGCUGUUGUUUGUCAGAUUUAUGUUGUAGAAAGACUUCCAACCUUUUGACUCUGUGGAUGCUUUUGGUAUUGGCAUUAUGUUUUCUAGCAUUUCAUGAGA